GUGCUCUCUUUCCGGUUUCUUGCUUCGCGUUGAAAGGUUGUUGUUCGACGAUAGUUUAGCAAAUUUGUACCAGGUACAAAGCAAUUAAGCAAACACAAUGGCCAAGUCGAAGAAUCACACCAAUCACAACCAGAACCAGAAGGCGCAUAAGAAUGGCAUUAAGAAGCCUAAGCGUCAACGGUACGAGUCCACCCGUGGUAUGUGCCAGAAGUUCCUGCGCAACCAGCGUUUCUCGAAGAAGGGCAACUUGCCGCAGGAGGAAGCACUGAAGCGUGCCGAGGAGCGCAAGACGAAGAACGCUGGCCUACCCGCCCCGGUUAAACUGUAAACAGUUUUAUUUCCCGAAUGCCUUGGCUUUGCUAGCAAGCAGUGGACGAGGAAUGAUAGGAGAUGCAAAAUAAAAAAGGGGUACAUGGAA